AGUAUCCGGACGCCGGGCGUUUGUCUGCUUGGGCGGCGAGUUAUCUGGAGCGCGGUGGAGAUAAUGGCCUCUGGUCCACCCCCGGGGCAAGAUGAUGGCAUGGAUGCGUUCAUCGACCAGUUCAAGGAGAAGAAGUAUAAACAAGGCUUCAACGAAGAUAACUGGGAGGAGGAGUUUGACAAGAUUCCAAUGUUUAUGAAAAAGGCACCCGAAGAACUUGAUCCUUUGGAGCAUCCAGAGCUUGCCUGCAUCCAGACAAUAUUGUAUGAUGAGGAUCAAUCUCCAGAAGAGCUUGCAAAAACAUACAAGAAUGAAGGAAAUCAUUACUUCAAGGAAAAGAAUUAUAAGAAAGCUGUCAUCUCCUACACCGAGGGGCUGAAGCGAAAAUGCAGUGACUCUGAGCUGAAUGUUAUACUCCAUACGAACAGAGCUGCAGCACAAUUUUACUUGGGUAAUAAUCGAUCUGCACUAAAUGAUGUGAUUGCAGCUCGGAAACUGAAACCAAAUCAUCUGAAAGCAAUAAUUAGAGGUGUCCUUUGCCAUAUUGAGCUGAAAAAUUACAGCAAGGCAAUAGCAUGGUGCAAUGAGGGCCUCCAAUGUGAACCCAAAGAGAAGCAACUUGUUGAAUUGAGAGCCAAAGCUGAUAAACAGAAGCGGGUUGAAGAGCGUAAUGUAAGGAAAGCAAAGUUAAAGGAGAAGAAGGAACGGGUGCAAGCAGAUGUGUUACUGAAGGUUAUCAAGGAGAGGCAGAUCAAGUUGUUUGAGCCUCCGGAAUUGUCCAGUCAAAAUUCUGAUGAUGGUGAUGGUGAUGAUAAGGAAGAUGACAGAGUACUAAGAACACUGUUUGAUGGCAUAAACUCUGAGAAUGGCAUUGUUGUACACUUGGAUGAAAAUGGCAACUUAAAUUGGCCUGUACUGUUUCUGUAUCCUGAGUAUGAACAAAUGGAUUUCAUCUCGGCCUUUCACGAAGACACCCGGUUUAUUGAUCAUUUAUUUGUGAUGUUUGGUGAGAACUUUCCCCCUUGGGAUACAGAAAAAAAAUAUAAGCCAAAUAAUUUGGAGCUAUAUUUUGAAGAUGAGCAAAGAGAGGAUUUGUUCCAAGUGGACCCCACAUGCACCCUGCGGCAAGUGCUGAGUCAUGACCGAUAUGUUGUGAAGGCUGGUAAUCCAAGAAUCCUAAUUCUGGUUAGAGGUUCGUCAUUCUCUAGGGACUUUUUAUCGGGAAAGAAACUUCAAGCAAAUUGAAAAAAAAAAUGAAGUGCUGGAUAUACUCAGCGGGUCUGGCAGCAUUUGUGAAUAGAGAAACAGAGCUAAUGUUUCGAGUUGAAUAUAACUCUUCUUCAGAACUGCUUUUAUUCAGCAAAUUGAGUUGUCUAAAUUCGUAUUGGUACAUGAACAACAGCAGUAAAUACCAAGCAAAAAACACACAAAAUUCCCAUAUUUAUCAUUGACAUUUGAAAGCUCUACACAGAAAUGGGGGAAAAAGGGCCUAAGCACAUUUCAGAAAUGUCUUGAAGCAUUUCCCAUCAGAAGUUUAUUUGAAAUGCAGCAACCAUUUUGUCCACGGUGAAAUUCCACAAAUAAUAAAUGACCAGUUACUCUGAUUUUAA